AUGGAUCUCUCCCAUAUUUCAUCCCAACUCUCCUCCUCAUCACCCACCCGAUUCCCAGACUGUUGUCUCUCUAUAUCCACCACCCUCCUCACAACCCUGACAACUCUCCUCCCCAAAAAGCCCGCAUUCACACUCUCAAUCGGCAGCGGAUCCGGCCUCUUAGAAGGCCUCCUUUCACACUCCAAUGCAGCAAUCUCCGUGGAGGGAGUCGAGGUAGCCUCAUCUGUUAAUCGGUACAUUGCCGAGGAAGAUAUGCAUGUCGCUGCUGGUGCUUGGGAUCUUUAUUCAAGGGCUCGGCAGGCGAAGGCUUGGAUGUUUGUUUACCCCCGCGAACCGAAAUUGGUCUCUAGGUAUAUUGAGAUAUAUGGGGAGGGAGAUGUGGAGAUUAUUGUGUGGCUUGGGCCGAAGGUAGAUUGGGGUGAUUAUGAGCCUUGUUUUCGGAGCUCGAUGUUCGCUGAGUUGGAGGUUUUGGAGGUUGGGUUGGCGCCGUAUGAGAUUGCGGUUGUUGCUAGGAGGUCUGUUUGA